CGUCCUACGUCGUUGGUUUGAGUACUCUUCUUCGACGAGAGUUCAACAUUUUGCCGCUAAUACCCCAUCACUUUUAUAAGUGACCUAAUUUGUGUUUUGAAGAGGGAUGCGUUGCCGAACGGCCAAAAUGCCGCAUACCAUAUGACGGACGUACUGACCACCACUACAACACGCCAGAUGCGGGUCAAUAAAAUAUGUCAAUAAAUGUGUCCCACUCAGGUUUCCAAAGUGAAAGGUUCGCCAUGAGACAUACCAGUUUGGAUAAGCUCAUUGAACUGCAGAAAAAUCCGGCCAAUAUAAGAAACCUUUGCAUCUUGGCACAUGUUGACCACGGCAAAACUACUCUUGCAGAUUGCUUAGUAGCAAGCAACGGUAUCAUAUCAAGUCGCCAGGUGGGAAAGCUAAGAUAUCUGGACAGCAGAGAGGAUGAGCAGAUCAGAGGAAUUACCAUGAAGUCCAGUGCCAUCUCUCUUCAUUACCAAGAGGGGGGUCAAGAUUACUUAUUGAAUUUGAUUGACUCUCCGGGGCAUGUUGACUUCUCUUCCGAAGUUUCCACUGCUGUCCGGCUGUGUGAUGGUGCCGUUGUUGUUGUUGAUGCUGUGGAGGGAGUAUGUCCCCAGACCCAGGUCGUGCUGCGACAGGCAUGGUUGGAGAACAUCAGGCCUGUUCUGGUUAUUAAUAAAGUAGACAGACUUAUAAUGGAGCUGAAGCUUACCCCUCAGGAGGCUUACACCCACUUGCAAAAGAUCAUGGAACAGGUGAAUGCAGUGACAGGAACCUUGUUCACGUCCAGAGUGAUGGAGGAACAAGCAGAGAAAACAAAAGAUGAAAAAGGGAGUGGGACACUGCCUGAAGAUCAAGUGUAUGAUUGGAGUGCAGGGCUAGAUGAAGCUGAUGACUCUAAUCUCUACUUCUCUCCCGACCAAGGAAAUCUGAUUUUUGCGAGUGCUAUUGAUGGAUGGGGCUUUAGCAUUCAACAUUUUGCUCACAUAUACAGUGAGAGGAUGGGCAUUAAUGCAGAGGUGCUUCGCAAAACUCUAUGGGGAGAUUUCUACCUCAAUGCAAAAGCUAAAAAGAUCAUGAAGGGAGCUCAGUUUAAAGGCAAGAAACCACUCUUUGUGCAGCUUGUCCUGGAUAACAUUUGGAGUUUAUAUGAUGCUGUUGUUAUUCGCAAAGAUAAGGAGAAAGUUGACAAGGUGCUAUCAUCACUUGGCGUCAAAGUGAUGGCCAGGGAUUCUCGUCAUUCUGACCCUAAAGUCCUUCUCUCUGCUAUAUGCAGCCAGUGGUUACCAGUGUCUCAGGCUGUCCUCUCAAUGGUAUGUAAUAAGCUUCCGAGUCCAUUACAAAUAGCAGCAGAGCGGGUGGAGAAACUGAUGAGUGUAGGAGUACGAAGAUUUGACACCUUGCCUGAGAGUACGCAGGCACUGAAAAAUGCAUUUCUCCAGUGCUCAAGCAAUGAAAACGCUCCGGUCAUAGUUUUUGUGUCCAAGAUGUUUGCUGUGGACACAAAAUCUUUGCCACAGAACAGACAAAGACCUUUGACUCAAGCAGAGAUUGCCCAGCGCAGGGAACUCACACGGCAAAGGCAUGCUGAAAGGAUGGCAACUGAACAGACAGCAGCGGUAGGACAUAAAAACCACGCAGGGAAUAAUCAAUUGAAUAUUCAGAUGGGAGAACUCAGCAAAGAUGAUAUGGAAAAUCAAGUGCCGAAAGAAUCCAAGGAAGAGGAGCAAAGUGAGACCUUCAUUGCCUUCGCAAGGGUGUACAGCGGGGUGAUGAAGAGAGGCCAAAGAAUAUUCAUACUUGGACCAAAGUAUGAUCCUGCCCAGGGCCUGAGCAUGCUGCCUGAGCAAUGCAGUGCUUCUGACACUUUCCCAGAGGUCCCUCAUCUGUCCUGUUGUUCCAUUGAAAACGUCUACCUGAUUAUGGGCCGAGAGUUAGAAGAGCUUGAACAAGUGCCCUCUGGCAAUGUACUCGGUAUUCAAGGUCUGGAAGAGUUUAUUUUGAAAUCAGCCACUAUUUCAACAACUCCUGCUUGCCCACCUUUCACCCCACUCAAUUUUGAAGCAUCACCCAUUGUACGAGUUGCUGUAGAACCAAAACACCCAAGUGAGAUGCCAAAACUGGUGCGUGGGAUGCGUCUGUUGAAUCAAGCAGACCCCUGUGCUGAGGUUCUCAUCCAGGAGACAGGGGAACAUGUAUUGGUCACUGCUGGAGAGGUUCAUCUCCAACGCUGCCUGGAUGACCUCAAAGACAGGUUUGCUAAAAUUGAGAUCAGCGCAUCUAAGCCCAUCAUUCCAUUCCGAGAGACAGUGGUGCGGCCUCCAAAAGUGGACAUGGUGAAUGAAGAUCUUGGCAAGCAACACAAAGUGGCUGUUAUUCAUCAGGUAAAAGAGGAUUACUAUCAUGAUCGUUCUUCAGAGACCCUUCAUGUUGAUAGCAGUGGUUUGGUCACACUCACCACCCCCAAUAAACUGGCCACAGUCAGCGUUCGUGCAAUCCCCUUGCCACAAGAGGUGACUUGUCUUUUGGAGAAAAGCUCAGCACUAAUUCGAACUUUAGAACAAGUCAAUAUGUCCUUGAAGGAGGGUAGAAAUAUCGACGUUAGUGUUCGGACCUUGGAAGCCAUUGCUGACUUCAAGGCCCAAUUGGAACGCAUGCUCCAGGGAAGGAAGUGGAGGAAUGCCGUGGAGAAUAUCUGGGCCUUUGGACCUCGCAGGUGUGGCCCAAACAUUCUGCUAAACAAACUGGAGGGCUAUCAGCGGCCAUCUCUUUGGCAGUGUCUUUGUCGAGAAGAUAAAAAUGGAGCUCAGGCACCAAAUACACGAGAGUUUGAUAACAGCAUUGUGAGUGGCUUCCAGUUAGCGACCUUGUCAGGUCCAAUGUGUGAAGAGCCUCUCAUGGGGGUCGUCUUCUCCAUUGAGAGAUGCGAUAUACAGUCUUUAAACUCACCGUAUCAAAAUAACCUGGAGGAAAGUUCCACAUUUCAAGAGGCUUCAAGAGCUAACAAAGCAGAGGAAAACGCUGAUGCUUUGGAAGUCAACCCCACAGAACCAAGCCAAGACAGGCGCUCACUAGAGACUACUUCUGCAGGCUGCUACGGGCCUGUCUCAGGCCAGCUAAUUGCGGCUGUGAAGGAGGCAUGCCGCCACGCUUUCCAGGCUCAGCCCCAGAGACUUAUGGCUGCGAUGUAUACCUGUGAAAUCAUGGCCACGGCAGAGGUUCUGGGCCGAGUAUAUGGUGUGCUUGGGAAGCGAGAAGGGCGGAUCCUCCAGGAAGAAAUGAAGGAAGGAACAGAAAUAUUCAUCAUCAAGGCUGUUCUGCCAGUCGCUGAGAGUUUUGGUUUUGCAGAUGAAAUUCGCAAGAGGACCAGUGGGUUAGCCAGUCCACAAAUGGUCUUCAGUCACUGGGAGGUGAUCAGCAGCGAUCCAUUCUGGGUUCCUACCACUGAGGAAGAAUACCUGCACUUUGGAGAAAAGGCAGACUCAACUAAUCAGGCACUCAAGUACAUGAAUGCUGUUCGCCGCCGAAAAGGCCUGUAUGUGGAGGAAAAGAUAGUCGAACAUGCAGAAAAGCAACGAACCCUAAGCAAGAACAAAUAGACAAAAUCUCCUUUCUGCUCCACGAGAUGAGACAGACGACACCGUUCAGCAGUGUUUGCAGUAAACAAAAUCUGACUGACUGAAGCGCUGAGCCUUUUAAUUUAAAUUUAUUUCCAUGCUUACCUAUCCAUGCCAUGUCUAACUAUCUGAUAUGUAGUUGGCAGGGAACCAAAUGUUGGAUUUCACUCAAUUAACGAAAUAUAUGUUUUUAUUGAGCAGUAACUGUUUUUGUUUAAAAGUUUAUCAAAUACAGAUUUGACAAAAAUA